CCCGAGCAGCCGUGGGGGAGGGGCGCGGAGGGGGCCCCGCGCGUGCGCAGAGGGUCCGUUGGGGGGCUCCAACGGUCGCACCUCGGGGCGGGCCCGAUCCCGGGAGCGGAGCCGUCUCCAGGUCAGAAGACUUGUCUUCACAUACACGGUAUCUUUCCUUACCUCUAUGUACCAUAUGAUGGUUACGGACAGCAGUCAGAACACUAUCUUCGUCAAGUGGCGUUCAGCAUUGACAGAGCACUUAAUGUGGCUUUAGGCAAUCCAUCUUCUACUGUUCAACAUGUUUUCAAAGUAUCAUUAGUGUCUGGAAUGCCUUUUUAUGGCUAUCAUGAAAAGGAGAGACGGUUUAUGAAGAUCUAUCUCUAUGAUCCUGCAAUGGUGAAAAGAGUAUGCGAGCUGCUGCAAGGUGGAGCCAUAAUGAAUAAAUCUUACCAGCCUCAUGAAGCCCAUAUUCCCUACCUCCUUCAACUCUUUAUAGACUACAACCUGUAUGGAAUGAAUUUAAUAAACCUGGCUGCUGUCAAAUUCAGAAAGGCAAGGAGAAAAAGUGAUGUAUCAAGUAUAAUUGGAUGUUACAAAAAUUGGGUGCCAGAAAAUUCCGUCAUGGGAACAUUUUUUCAAUGGGAAGAAGAUGAAAUACCAAGUUCUUUAAUGUUGGAGGGUGUUGAACCACAGAGUACCUGUGAAUUGGAGGUAGAUGCAGUAGCUGCUGAUAUUUUAAAUCGAUUGGAUAUUGAAGCCCAGAUUGGCAGGAACCCGGGUUUGCAAGCCAUAUGGGAAGAUGAAAAGCGGCGCCGUAGAGAGAAAAAUGAGUCUUCUCAGAUUAGUCCUCCUGAUUCACAGGAUCGAGGAUUUGUGCCAGCAACAGAAAGUGAAAAAAUCUUUCAGAAGAGGCUAAAAGAAAUCCUCAAGCAAAAUGACUUCUCUGUAACAUUAUCGGGAUCAUUGGACUACAGUAAUGGAUCAGAGGAGUUCUCUGCUGAGUUGACACUACAUUCUGAGGUACUUUCUCCUGAAAAUGUUCUGUGUUCACCAGCCAACAUGAUAGAAGUGCACAAAGAUGAGAAACUGAACAAAGAACCCAACAGGAGGCAUGGUAAAGAAGAGGAAGCACUUAUUAACGAAGAAGCAAUUUUAAACGUUGUGGAAAAUAGUCAGAGUUUUCAACCCUUGUCUCAGAGACUGAAUCAGACUCCAGUUUUCAUGGACACCAGUGCUGAUCAAGCCAUGAUACACCUGUUGGCUGGCUUGGAGGAUGAUGGGUAUCAAAUGCGAGGACAUAGAAAAUUACCACAUCACCAUUCUCUUGGAAACUUUAGAAACUCUCAGAACAGCGAUGAUGAAGAAAAUGAACCACAAGUUGAGAAGGAAGAAAUGGAACUCAGUUUGCUCAUGUCCCAGAGAUGGGACAGCAGUAUUGAAGAACCUGGGGCAAAAAGAAGGUCAGUGGGCAAAAAUUUGCAUCGAAGCUCAACUGAAGAGGAGGAUUCAUCUUCAGAAGAAGAAAUGGAAUGGAGUGGUAACAGUAUGCUUCUAGCUAAUCUCUCUAUACCUCAGUUAGAUGGAACUGCAGAUGAAAAUGGUGACAAUCCUUUGAAUAAUGAAAGUUCUCGAACUCAUUCCUCUGUAAUUGCAACAAGCAAAAUGUCUGUAAAGACCUCAAUAUUUCACAAAGACGCUGCUACGCUAGAACCCCCAUCUUCUGCUAAGAUUACUUUCCAGUGUAAACACACAAGUGCCCUUUCUUCCCACGUUUUGAAUAAUGAAGAUUUAGUAGAAGAGCUUUCACAGCCAAACACAGAAGCAAGACCUGAACUUUCAGUCCACCCUCUUACAAAAGAAAGCACUUACACUGCAAAAUACCCAAUGUCUUUCAGCAAUAGUGCCCAUUCUGAAAACUCACACAAAGAAAGUAAUAAGAAGGAUAUUCUUCCUGUUUCUUCUUGUGAAAAUAACAUUUUUGAAUAUGAAGAUGAUAUUUCGUCAGUGAGCAGACAGAUACCAAGUAGGAAGUAUACCAGCAUCAGGAAGGUUGAGAAGGAUUCCUCUUAUAUGCAUAUGAGCCGCCAUAUUAGUGAUGGCAUAUUGGGUAAAAACUCAUUUAAUUUUUCAGAUUUGAGCCACUCCAAAAGUAAAAUGCCUUCUGAAAUAAGCGAAAAAUCCAGCGGCACAAGUAUAAAUAGCUUUUUCCCUGCGACAGUAACAGAAAAUUGUGAUAUGGUGUCUUGUUCGGGGGGGAAUCGAACUGUGAUGCAUUCUGUUGAAAGCAGUACUGAUGAAGGUGGCCUUAAUAAGCUUAAAAUUAGGUAUGAAGAAUUUCAGGAACAUAAGGCAGAAAAACCAAGCCUCAGUCAACAAGCAGCACAUUACAUGUUCUUUCCCAGUGUUGUUCUUUCUAAUUGUCUCAGCCGACCACAAAAAUUAGCUCCUGUAACAUAUAAAUUACAGCCAGGCAACAAACAGUCCAGGUUAAAAUUGAGUAAAAAGAAACUGGGCCUUAUCAAUCAUCAGGAGCUUGUAAGUGUAAAUCAUAUUGCAUCCAUUAAGGAAAGCUGCUAUACACAAGGUAAUGCAUGUAGUAACAUUCCUGAUAAGGAUAGUGCUUUGCCAAAUGAUUUAGUUCAAGUUCCUCAUGAUACCUUUGACAAUAGGAUGCCUACAAAUACUUCUAAUUGUACUGACUGCCAGUUUGGAGAUGGUUCUCUUGAAACCGAGCAGUCAUUUGGAUUAUGUGGGAAUAAAUAUACGCUCCGAACCAAGCGUAAAGUAAAUUAUGAGACUGAAGAUAGUGAAUCGAGUUUCGUCACACACAACUCAAAAGUUAGCCUACCUCAUCCCAUAGAAAGUGGGGAAAGUUUGGAUGGGUCUCAGAAAUCUCGAAAACGUAGAAAACUCUCUAAAAAACUGCCACCUGUUAUUAUCAAAUACAUUAUCAUCAAUAGAUUUAGAGGGAGAAAAAAUAUGCUUGUUAAAUUAGGUAAAGUAGAUUCUAGUGAGGAACAAGUAGUACUUACAGAGGAAAAAAUGAAUUUAUAUAAAAAGCUUGCACCUUUAAAGGACUUUUGGCCAAAAGUUCCUGACUCCCCUGCAACCAAAUAUCCUAUUUAUCCAUUAACACCAAAGAAAAGUCACAGAAGGAAAGCAAAACAUAAGUCAGCUAAGAAAAAAACUGGAAAACCACAAAAAGCAAAUAAUAAAAAUAUUAAAAGAACUUUAUCUUUCAGAAAAAGAACUCAUGCAGUCCUUUCUCCUCCCUCACCAUCUUACAAUGCCGAAGCUGAAGACUGUGACUAUAACUAUAGUGAUGUUAUGUCUAAAUUAGGUUUUCUCUCUGAGAGAAGCACAAGCCCAAUAAAUGCCUCUCCCCCUCGCUGCUGGUCUCCCACUGAUCCAAAAGCAGAAGAAAUUAUGACUGAUCUAGAUAAAGAAGCUUUACUUUUUAAGGGUCCUAACAUGUUCAAUAGCAAGACUGUUAAUUCCAAUGUAGGAAAAAAUAGUCGAGCAAAAUCUCAGGUUAAGAAAUGUAAAAAGAAGUUUCCUGGCCCCACAAUAGCUACUAAGAAAAGGAACAGGAUUAAUCAGACGGAUAAAACACCAGAUGAUGGAAAAAAGAAACCUAGAACAAAACAGAAACAAAAAACAGCUGAAAAAAUAUCAUCGAGGAAACGCAUGACAUUUAAAGGUGAAAAAGGAAAUGUUCGUUCUGCUGCAGAAGUUAAAUUUGUACUGAAGCACCAAGACUUGCCUGAGAUUUCUCACAACUCUAGCAGCUCACAACCACUUCUUACUCAGAAAGAGAGUCUUUUAACUGGCUACUCAACAGGACACUUACCUUCCACACAGCUCACCUCCACAGCUGAUGCACAAGGAAAAUCGUCUGGCUAUUUUCAUUCAUUGCUGGAAUCUGAUAAAUCUCUGGAUUUACAAAGUUUCACUACUGCACGAGGAGACCUUCAUUCAUCUAUCAUUUCCAUUCCCGUCCUAGCUGGAAGGGAAAUAACAAAAAUAAACUCCCAAAGGCCUAAGAGUCAAAGUACAGUAUGUCGUAUGAAGGAAUCUUGUUUGAUUCAAAAUAGUAUAUUUGAUCCAUCUAACCACUCAUCUCAGGUAACACAGAAUGCACAUAUUUCUAAAGAUACAACAUGUACAAAGAUGGAAGAGACUGUGAAUUCACAGACUAGAUACUUAUCAGUUGGAAAACUAAAUGAAACUCAUAGUUCUUUAGACCCAACUAAGACUGAUCAGAUGCAUACCACUAGUUUUUUGCAUUGUAAAGAGAGUAAUCCGCAGCAAGUUUUGUGUUUAUCAGAAGCAACAAAAUUUGCUGAUCCUUAUUCUUCCAUACUCAAAUCAUCUGAGGAAAGCCAUGGGUCUCUUCAGUUACCUAAAAACUGUUUUAUAACUGCUUUGAAGAGUCCAGUAAAGCAGAUAGGAUGGGAACACAAACAGAGAGGAUUUGUUUUGGAUAUGUCACAUUUUAAACCUGAAAAAGUAAAAUCGAAGUCCCUAUCAGAAACCACCUCACAAACAAAACCUGCUUCUCAGUGUAAAAAUCGAAAUAUAGUGGCCCCAUCAGCAUUCAGUGAAGGACAGUCUGGGCUAGCUGUUCUAAAAGAAUUACUGCAAAAAAGACAGCAAAAAGCACAACAUGCAAAUGUUAUGCAAGAAGCAUUAUCAGUUAAACCUCAGCUGAACAGAAGUAUUUCUUGCCCUCUUGAACAGAAUAAAGCAGUUAAAAGAUCAAGGUCUGUCACUUCACCAAGGAAGUUCCGUUCUCCCAGAACUACAAAGCCUAAAGAAAAAACGCCCAAACUUUUAAAAGUAGAUUCUUUUAACCAACAGAACACUAAUCAGAUUGACCACUCCGUGUCAGAUGACAGCCCCAUUUUUUUUUCAGAUCCAGGCUUUGAAAGCUGUUAUUCCCUUGAAGACAGCUUGUCACCAGACCAUAAUUACAAUUUUGAUAUUAAUGCCAUAGGGCAGACUGGAUUUUGCAGUUUGUACUCUGCAAGUCAGUUUGUCCCAGCAGACCAAAAUCUGCCACAGAAGUUUUUGAGUGAUGCCGUCCAGGAUCUUUCUUCUGGACAAACAACAGAAAGUGAACUUUUAAACCUUAAUAGCCAAAAAUCUGAGGAAGAGAAACAGCAUCCUUCUGACCCAGGUAAAUGGAUUAGACCUGGUGCUCUGAGCCCUGAGCUUUUUGAGAAAGCAUCCUUGGAAAGCAAUGAGAACCAUCCCCACAGUCAGUGGAGAAACAGUGUUCACACUCCAACAUCUCGAUCUAGCUCAUCAAUAGAUGCUUUUUGUAUCCAAGAGACAGAGGACUAUGUAAAUGAGAAAUUCAAGUUGAAUAGAAAUCUACUGAGCAAAGAGAGAUUUCUUAAUCUUCCACAGCCAGCUAAUACAGACUGGAUUCAAAGUCGCACUAGAAAGGAAGCCACUUUUGAAUCAUGUCAAUCACUUGAUUCUGUUAAUGCCUCUUUUACUUCGCUCUUGUCUUCUCCGGAUGGUGAUCUUGUGGAUGGCACUUCAGAGUAUUUAGAGUUGUAUGUUCCAAGAAAUAACGAGGGCUUAACUCCAACUCCCGACAGUUCACCAAGAUCAACUAGUUCUCCCUCGCAAUCAAAGAAUGGAAGUCUUACACCUCGUACUGCUCAUGUUCUUAAACCUCUCAUGUCCCCACCAAGUCGUGAAGAAAUCAUGGCAACUUUGCUGGAUCAUGAUCUUGCAGAAACAAUUUACCAAGAACCAUUUUGCAGCAAUCCUUCUGAUGCACCAGAAAAGCCCAGGGAGAUUGGAGGUCGACUUCUCACAGUAGAAACUAGACUUCCAAAUGAUCUACCUGAGUUUGAAGGAGACUUUUCCUUGGAAGGACUACGGCUCUGGAAGACUGCAUUUUCAGCAAUGACACAGAAUCCUAGGCCAGGAUCACCUCCACACAAUUGGCAAUCUGUUAUUGAUAAAAGACAAAUUAAUAGCCAUAAAACUAGUGAAGAUAAAAAAAUAGUAAUCAUGCCUUGUAAAUGUGCUCCAAGUCGCCAGCAGGUUCAGACAUGGCUCCAUGCCAAAGAAGAAUAUGAGCUUAUGAAGAAAUUGCCUAAGGACCAGCCUGUUGAGAUGGAAAAAGGAACUGAGAAUUUGAGCUCUACAACACUGCCUUCAGAGAAACCUGUUGAAAUAACAAAAACAGUUGUUGAGGAUGAGAGUUUACCUAACCUGCAAGAUAGGAGACCUACUGGACCUACAAAAGAUGCUCCUGUUUCCCAGAUAAGUACUACAAUAAUAAAAACCAAGGAAACUUGUGACACACACGUGACUAAUAUAAUUUCUACAAAUUAUACCAUAGAACCAAAUAAAACCCCAGUUGAAAGCAAAACAGUUGCUACUUCAACAAUAGAACCUGAUAAGGAAGAAGAGGAAGAGGACUACUAUAUCAAUUAUAGCUCGCCAGAUUCUCCAGUGCUUCCUCCUUGGCAACAAGCAGCAUCCCCAGAUUCUAAGCAGUCUGGUUUUGAAGAUGCAGAUUGGAGUAGUCAAGAUAUAGUUCCAUCUUCUGUGGAAGAAAAGGAUGUAACAUCUGCUGAGAGUGAAGAUACACCUGUCAGAGCUGAGGGUCGGACUCCCUUGAGCACAUCUCCACUCUUGCUCAAAGAAGGUGCUGGAAAUUUGGAAUCAUUUUGCCUACAUAGUACUCCCCUUGUGCAGAGAAAACAUCAAGAAGUAAUACCAGAUGCACUUGACUUUACCCCCUUAUCAACAGAAACCAAAAUUCAUAAAUUAAGUCAGAGAAGAGGAAGUAAUGCUGACACUCUACGAAGAGUACUUUUAACAACACAAGUGAAGAAUCAGUUUGCUCUCCUCAAUGCCCCAAAGAAAGAAACUUCUCAGAUUGAAGGACCAUCUUUAAACAACUCUUACGGUUUUAAAGUCAGCGUGCAGAAUCUGCAGGAAGCAAAAACGUUACAUGAGGUCCAAAACCUUACACUCAUCAGUAUGGAGUUACAUGCUCGACCUAGACGGGACUUGGAGCCAGAUCCUGAAUUUGAUCCUAUCUGUGCUUUAUUCUACUGCAUCUCAUCUGACACAGCACUGCCAAAUACUGAUAAAAAAGAAAUCACUGGUGCUAUAGUGAUUGAUAAAGACAGAACAAUCUCAAGCCAAGGUAGCAGAGUCCAGGCCCCCUUGCUCGCAAGAUCUGGAGUUACAGGACUAGAAGUCACUUACACUACUGAUGAGAGAACUCUUUUCCAGGAAGUAGUGAAUAUUGUAAAAAGCUAUGACCCAGAUAUUUUGUUAGGAUAUGAGGUCCAGAUGCAUUCCUGGGGUUACCUCUUACAGAGGGCUGCUGCAUUAAGUGUUGAUUUAUGCCAUAUGAUCUCUCGUGUACCAGUGUAUACUUUUUUCAUGUUCUUAGAUGACAAGAAACACAACAGAUUUGCACCUGAGCAAGAUGAAUAUGGGUCAGAGGCAAUGAGUGAAAUCAAUAUUGUUGGACGAAUCAUCCUAAAUAUUUGGCGAAUGAUGAGACAUGAGGUGAAUCUAACCAAUUACGCUUUUGAAAAUGUGGGUUUUCAUGUUCUUCACCAGCGUUUUCCUCUGUUUACCUCUCGAGUUUUGUCUGAUUGGUUUGACAACAAGACAGACAUCUACAGAUGGAAGAUGGUUGAUCAUUACAUUAGCCGGGUCCGUGGGAAUCUCCAGUUGUUAGAACAGCUGGAUUUGAUUGGCAGAACCAGUGAAAUGGCCAGGCUUUUUGGAAUCCAAUUUUUGCAUGUAUUAACGAGAGGUUCCCAGUAUCGUGUGGAGUCAAUGAUGCUGCGUAUUGCUAAACCAAUGAAUUACAUUGCUGUGACGCCCAGUAUCCAGCAGCGAGCUCAGAUGAGGCCCCCACAAUGUGUUCCCCUAAUCAUGGAGCCAGAAUCCCGUUUCUACAGCAAUGCUGUUCUUGUUUUAGAUUUCCAGUCAUUGUAUCCUUCUAUAGUGAUAGCAUACAAUUACUGCUUUUCAACCUGCCUGGGACAUGUUGAGAACUUAGGAAAAUAUGAUGAAUUUAAAUUCGGCUGCACCUCUCUCAGAGUACCUCCUGAUUUACUUUACCAAAUCCGGCAUGAUAUUACAGUAUCACCCAGUGGAGUGGCUUUUGUCAAGCCUUCAGUAAGGAAGGGCGUGCUGCCAAGAAUGCUAGAAGAAAUUUUGAAGACUAGGAUAAUGGUGAAGCAAUCUAUAAAGGCUCACAAGCAUGACAGAGCUAUAGUGCGAAUGCUUGAGGCACGUCAGUUGGGUCUGAAACUUAUAGCCAAUGUCACCUUUGGUUAUACUGCUGCUAACUUUUCUGGAAGAAUGCCGUGUGUUGAGAUUGGGGAUAGUAUUAUCCACAAAGCCAGAGAGACAUUGGAGCGAGCAAUAAAGCUGGUGAAUGAUACAAAAAAAUGGGGAGCUCGUGUUGUAUAUGGCGAUACUGACAGCAUGUUUGUACUGUUGAAAGGAGCCACUAAGGAACAGUCUUUUAAGAUUGGUCAAGAAAUUGCUGAAGCUGUAACAGCUACAAACCCCAACCCAGUAAAAUUGAAGUUUGAAAAGGUCUAUUUGCCAUGUGUCUUGCAAACCAAGAAGAGGUAUGUGGGUUACAUGUAUGAAACACUGGACCAAAAGGACCCAGUAUUUGAUGCAAAAGGUAUAGAAACAGUCCGAAGAGAUUCCUGUCCUGCUGUUUCCAAGAUACUUGAGCGUUCUAUCAAGCUGCUAUUUGAAACUCGUGACAUAAGUCAAAUCAAACAAUAUGUUCAGAAUCAAUGCCUGAAGUUACUAGAAGGGAAAGCCAGUAUACAAGACUUUAUCUUUGCAAAAGAAUACAGAGGGAGUUUUGCUUACAAACCAGGAGCCUGUGUGCCAGCCCUAGAAAUCACAAGGAGGAUGCUUGCUUAUGACCGGCGCUCUGAGCCACGAGUUGGGGAAAGAGAACCUUACGUCAUUGUGUAUGGCAUGCCUGGAUUGCAAAUUAUACAACUGGUGAGACGGCCCAUUGAAGUCCUACACGAUCCCAACCUGAGGCUGAAUGCUACUUACUAUAUCACCAAACAAAUUCUUCCACCUUUAGCUAGGAUCUUCUCGCUAAUUGGCAUAGAUGUGUUCAGCUGGUAUCAUGAACUGCCAAGGAUCCAGAAAGCAGCUUCUACUGUCCGUAAUGAGCUGGAAGUCCGAAAAAGCACAAUCUCCCAGUAUUUCACUACCUUGCACUGCCCUGUGUGUGAUGAGCUGACCCAGCAUGGGAUCUGUAGUAAAUGCAGAAGCCAACCACAACAUGUGGCAGUGAUUCUCAACCAAGAAAUCCGAGAGCUGGAACGUAAACAGGAACAACUGGUCACGAUAUGCAAGAACUGUACCGGUUGCUUUGACCGACAGAUCCAGUGUGUUUCUCUGAACUGUCCAGUACUUUUCAAGUUAUCCAGAGUAAGCCGAGAGCUAUCAAAGGCACCGUAUCUCCGCCAACUACUCGACCAGUUUUAAAUGAUCUGUGUUACAAGAUUUCAGGUGCUAUUUUUUUUUCAGUGUUUACCACACUAAGACUAUCAUGCAUGGUGCUUUUUCAAUUUUCAUCUAGUCCAAGAUUUCCAUUGUAACUGUUGGUUUCCUAUCUGAAAAAUGACGAACAUUUAAAAAUACACUUGUUGAUCUAUGAAUAGCUCACUUUUUAAGAUGUACAAAUUUCUUCUUCCUUUCACCUUUUUAACAUACUGUUUUAUAAUGCGGAUGUUGAAAUCGCUGUGUGUAACAUCUUGUAAAUCCAUUUCAAAGUAGAAGUCAAGUUUACUUCCCAGUAGGCUGCUGUGGAAGAAGCACUGAAAACCUCUUGAAACGAUAAAACCAUUAGUGUGUGUUCUUGAACUGUCAGUAUCAAGACGUGUUACUUAUAGAGAUAUUAUCCAUUCACUUUAUAAUUUUGUCUGCGAAAUAUUUUGUAAAUACACUUUUUUACUUUUCAAACGACUGAGUAAAAUAAUGUGCAAUGAAUUUUAUACAGAUAAUUUUAAAGUUGGUUGGUAUAUUUCCUCCUCAGUUUUGCUUGAUUCCAAGUAGAUUUGUUAUUUUGAUCAGACUGUGCAAACAGUAGUAUCAUGUGUAGCAUUUUGAAACAUUAUUUUCUAUAAAUUGCUGUCUUGCUUUAGCUAUUAAUGGGGCAUUGUGAGGAACUGUGCAAAGACAUUUUUGUUACAAACCUGUGGGACUGUUGCAAUACUUUAAAUAUAAAAAAAUUUAUUCCAUUUUUGCUUGUUUUGUAUAGACAUUUCUAUUGCUUCUAAAUAUGCUUAAAAUAUUUUCUUUCCUUAUGUACUGUACAGUUAAAUCUUAUUUGCCAUCAUCUUGACAAAAUGUGUAUUUAGAAUAUUUGUAUAACUGUAUAAAACAAAAAAGGAAUUAUGUGGUCAGUGCAUUGUUUUCUAAACUGGAAAUCAUUUUGUUUUAGAAGUUAAUAAUGGAAACCAUAUUAAAUUGAAUAAAAUAUGAGAUAUGGUAAAUCUA